UAUCUAAUAACAGUGAGGACGAAAUUCACAUAGCUAGCGUUACUUAUGUUAGCUAGCUUUUACAACCUUUCAGAUACAAUUGAAUGAAAUAAUUAUAGAAAACACGCAGACUGUAAAGACUGAUAACUGCGAAUUGUUAAUGUUAUGUCCCUGACGUUUUCUGUAGCACGUAGCUAAGUGAGGAUGGCAGAUUUACCGGAGGACGUUGAGACGGACGACUGCUUGACCAGUUACAAACAUAUAUACUGUCCCGAACUGCUCAGGGACCAAGUGGCCUUUAUAACGGGUGGUGGCACUGGUAUUGGGUUCCGUAUUGCUGAGGUUCUAAUGAGGCAUGGCUGUGACACUGUCAUUGCCAGCAGGAACCCAGAGAAGCUCUCUGAGGCGGCGAGGAAACUGACCAGUGCAACAGGCAGACAGUGCCUGCCCCUGCAGAUGGACGUCAGGCAGCCGGACACCAUCUCGUCUGUCGUGGAUGAGACGCUGAAGCAGUUGGGACGCGUGGACAUUCUCGUCAACAAUGCAGCUGGGAAUUUUCUGUGUCCCGCAACCUCUCUCUCCUUCAACGCCUUCAGGACUAUCCUGGAGAUUGACACCAUGGGGACCUUUAACACCAGCAAAGUGCUCUAUGACAAAUGGUUCAAGGACCAUGGGGGUUCUAUUGUGAACAUCUCCGCCACUCUUGGCUACAGGGGCCAAGCGCUCCAGGUGCAUGCUGGGUCAGCGAAGGCCGCUAAUGAUGCCAUGACGAGACACUUGGCAGUUGAGUGGGGUCCCAGUGGCGUGAGGGUAAACACAGUAGCACCUGGACCCAUCUCUGGGACAGAGGGCUUCCGCCGACUCAGUGGACCCACCGUGGAGCACAUGGAAGUGUUCCAGAACAUUCCGCUGCAGCGGGCAGGGAACAAGACGGAGAUGGCACAUGCUGUGCUCUUCCUGGCUAGUCGUGCUGCUUCCUUCGUCACUGGCGCCACACUGGUGGCGGACGGAGGGGCGUGGCUCACCUCGGCCAAUGAUGUGCAGCACCUGCUGGGGGUUUGGUCAGAAAAGAAGAGAAAAGACAAAUAAACCAUGUCUUAAAAAGGAGGGCGAAAGAAACUGUUGCCUGUGUACAUUGCUUCUGGAUUUGUUAAACCUAUUUCACAGAAUAAUUAAUUCAGAAAAAAAAAACUUUAAAGAUUGAUUAAUAGCUUUUCAUAACUGCAUUAGAUGAAAGCUUGGGAACAUUACAUGUUGGAAAUUAGUAGAGCUAUUAGGAUUUAGAAUGUAAAGAAAUGUACCGUGCCUUUUCUAAAUAAUUGUAGGCUACAUAUAAUUUCACUUAACAUAAUUUUAAACCACGGUUUUCAUAAUAAAUCUUUAAAACUU